AUGGCGGCACCUUCUCCCAUCCCCAACCAACCUCCUGUCGAUGCCUAUCCUCCAGCAGCCGUCGUGGAUGGCUCUUCUCCUUAUCAUCUUCUAUCUUCUGAUUCCCCCGAUGUGAAACCUCGUAAUUUCAAGAAGUCUAUUCUUGGCAGGCCUUCCAUCCAGCAGGCUGCCAAUCACAUUCUGGCAGUGUUGUCCUCCUCACCUAUCAUG